AUGAAUGGAAUGGCCAACGUGCACUCUGCCGGCCGCCCCCACUAUGCCUCCUCCAUCCCUGUGCCCCGAGCCUCUUCCCAGAACAGGAUCCAUACUCCGGGUGCUUCUCCCCAGCUGCGGCCGCGCCAGGCUGGCCUGGCCCUGAGCCCCCAGCGAGCAGCCUCCCCGCGACUGGGCAAGGCUGCGGGCGCCUCCAGAAACUCCUCUCCUCGGGCCUCUCGGGGCAGAGGCUCCCCGAAGGCUGCUGGGUUGGUGCGGGAGUCCACCGAGGGGGGUGAAGGCUUCUCCGGUUCCCCCUGGAGCAGCCCCAGGGUAACCCCCGAAGCAUCCCUCCCUAGCCGGGCAGGGCCCAGAAAAGCUGGGGAGACACAGGGCGCACAGGGCAAGAAGAAGGCCCCGGAAGGAGUUCUGCCCCGCCAGACCCGGGGCCGGAGCCCGUCCCGGACAAGCGCCCACGGAGAAACUCAAAUACCAGCAGCCCCUGGAGGCCGAAAGCCUCCUAGCUGCCCAGGAAAAGACCUAAGGGAUACAAGCUACAGAACUUCUGGGAUCCCUCGGCCUUUGGAGCAUGAGGAGGGGGCCGCUUCAGGGGUUUCUUCUCCAGUCAGCAGCCCAGUGCAGAGCCAACGCACCUCCCCGACACCAGGGAGCAUCAGCUUCUCUUCUGCCCACCAGCAGAGCCAGCCAGUCACGGCCACAGUGGCCCCCUUCCAGUACAGGUUGCAGGCAGACCAGGCGCCUGGUCCCCUUCCCCAGAGCAGCAGGAGCCUGGGGGACUCCUCCAGCCCCACUGGUGGGAUUGAAGAGAGCUGGUCCUGCAUGGACGCGCGGAUCGUCCAUGCGCUCCUCGCGGGCAGAAUGCUGGGCAGCAGCGUCAAGAGCGUGCAGCCCGAGGUGGAGCUGAGCGGCGGCGGCAGCGACGAGGGCGCGGACGAGCCUCGGGGCGCGGGCAGGAAGGCAGCCGCGGCGGACGGCAGAGGCAUGCUGCCCAAGCGCGCCAAGGCGCCCAGCGGCAGUGGCGGCAUGGCCAAGGCCAGCGCGGCUGAGCUGAAGGUCUUCAAGUCGGGUAGCGUGGACGGCCGUGGUCCCGGCGGGCCGCCGACCUCCAACCUGCGCAAGCAGAAGUCGCUCACCAACCUCUCGUUCCUCACGGACUCCGAGAAAAAGAUGCAGCUGUACGAGCCAGAGUGGAGCGACGAUAUGGCCAAGGCACCCAAGGGCUUGGGCAAGGUGGGGCCCAAGGGCCGCGAGACUCCGCUCAUGUCCAAGACCCUGUCCAAGUCGGAGCACUCGCUCUUCCAGGCCAAGAGCAGCCCGGUGGGAUGCGCCAAGACCCCGCUCGCCCCGCUUGCGCCCAGCCUGGGGAAGCCGAGCCGGAUCCCGCGCGGCCCCUACGCCGAGGUCAAACCGCUUAGCAAGGCUCCAGAGGCGGCCGUGAGCGAAGAUGGCAAGUCGGACGACGAGCUGCUUUCCAGCAAGGCGAAGGCUCAGAAGGCCGCCGGGCCCGUACCUGCCGCCAAAGGCCAGGAGGAGCGAGCCUUCCUCAAGGUGGACCCCGAGCUCGUGGUCACGGUGCUGGGGGACCUGGAGCAGCUGCUCUUCAGCCAGAUGCUGGACCCCGAGUCCCAGAGGAAGAGGACUGUGCAGAAUGUCCUGGAUCUCCGACAGAACCUGGAGGAGACCAUGUCCAGCCUUCGAGGCUCCCAGGUGACUCACAGCUCGCUGGAGAUGACCUGCUAUGACAGCGACGAUGCCAACCCUCGCAGCGUCUCCAGCCUCUCCAACCGCUCCUCACCGCUCUCCUGGCGCUACGGCCAGUCCAGCCCGCGGCUGCAGGCGGGCGAUGCACCGUCCGUGGGUGGCAGCUGCCGCUCGGAGGGGACGCCUGCCUGGUACAUGCACGGGGAGCGGGCGCAGUACUCCCACACCAUGCCCAUGCGCAGCCCCAGCAAGCUCAGCCACAUCUCCCGCCUGGAGCUGGUCGAGUCUCUGGACUCGGAUGAGGUGGACCUCAAGUCCGGCUACAUGAGCGACAGCGACCUCAUGGGCAAGACCAUGACGGAAGUGGACGACAUCACCACCGGCUGGGAUGAAAGCAGCUCCAUCAGCAGCGGGCUCAGUGAUGCCUCGGACAACCUCAGCUCGGAAGAGUUCAACGCCAGCUCCUCCCUCAACUCCCUCCCGACCACCCCCACCGCCUCUCGCAGGAACUCGACCGUAGUGCUGCGCACAGACUCAGAGAAGCGCUCCCUGGCAGAAAGUGGGCUGCACUGGUUUAGUGAAUCGGAGGAAAAGGCUCCAAAGAAACUCGAGUACAACAGUGGGAGCCUGAAGAUGGAGCCGGGGACGUCCAAGUGGCGGCGAGAGCGGCCUGAGAGCUGCGAUGAUUCCUCCAAGGUGGGAGAUCUGAAAAAGCCCAUCAGCCUGGGGCACCCUGGGUCCCUGAAGAAGGGCAAGACUCCGCCAGUGGCCGUCACGUCCCCCAUCACCCAUGCGGCUCAGAGUGCCCUCAGGGUUGCAGGCAAGCCCGAAGGCAAAGCUACCGACAAGGGUAAGCUUGCUGUGAAGAACACCGGGCUACAGCGUUCCUCCUCCGAUGCCGGCCGGGAUCGUCUCGGAGACGCCAAGAAGCCGCCGUCAGGCAUUGCUCGGCCCUCCACGUCGGGAUCCUUUGGCUACAAGAAGCCUCCUCCCGCCACAGGUACGGCCACCGUCAUGCAGACUGGUGGCUCAGCCACCCUCAGCAAGAUCCAGAAGUCCUCCGGCAUCCCUGUCAAGCCGAUGAAUGGACGGAAGACAAGCUUAGAUGUGUCCAACAGUGCAGAGCCCGGCUUCUUGGCGCCGGGCGCGCGUUCCAACAUCCAGUACCGCAGCCUGCCCCGGCCAGCCAAGUCUAGUUCUAUGAGUGUGACUGGUGGCCGGGGUGGACCUCGCCCCGUGAGCAGCAGCAUUGACCCCAGUCUUCUCAGCGCCAAGCAGCAGGGAGGCCUAACGCCCUCCAGACUGAAGGAGCCUUCCAAGGUACCCAGUGGGCGGACCACCCCAGCCCCUGUCAACCAGACCGAUCGGGAGAAAGAGAAGGCCAAAGCCAAGGCCACGGCCUUGGACGCGGACAACAUCUCCCUGAAGAGCAUUGGCUCCCCAGAGAGCACUCCCAAGAGCCAAGCAAGCCACCUCCCGGCCACCAAGUUGGCAGAGCUCCCACCAACUCCGCUCAGGGCCACGGCGAAGAGUUUCGUCAAACCACCUUCCCUAGCCAAUCUAGACAAGGUCAACUCCAACAGUCUGGAUCUGCCAUCCUCCAGUGAGGCCCACACGCCGAAGGUCCCGGAUCUGCUUGCCGCAAGCUCAGCAGCCGGGGCCCCGCUCCCUUCCUGCUUCACCCCGAGCCCGGCACCCAUCCUCAAUAUUAACUCCGCCAGUUUCUCCCAGGGCCUGGAACUCAUGAGCGGCUUCAGUGUCCCAAAGGAGACCCGCAUGUACCCCAAACUCUCAGGCCUGCACAGGAGCAUGGAGUCUCUCCAAAUGCCAAUGAGUCUCCCCAGUAGUGCUCCCAGCCCCACCCCACCUGCUGCCCCGGCUGCGCCCCCAGAGGAAGAGACAGAGGAGCUGGCCUGGAGCGGAAGCCCCAGGACUGGGCAGUUGGACAGUAGCCAACGGGAUCGGAACACCCUUCCCAAGAAAGGGCUCAGGUACCAGCUUCAGUCCCAGGAGGACACCAAGGAGAGGCGACACUCACACACCAUCGGCGGGCUGCCCGAGUCCGACGACCCAUCAGACCUGCCUUCUCCGCCCGCACUCUGCGUGUCCUUGAGCGCAAAGGGUCAGCUUACCAACAUAGUGAGUCCCACUGCGGCCACCACGCCAAGAAUCACCCGCUCCAACAGCAUCCCCACCCACGAGGCGGCCUUCGAGCUGUACAGCGGCUCCCAAAUGGGGAGCACCCUGUCCCUGGCCGAGAGACCCAAGGGGAUGAUUCGGUCGGGAUCCUUCCGAGACCCCACGGACGAUGUCCACGGCUCCGUGCUGUCCCUGGCCUCCAGCGCCUCCUCCGCCUACUCCUCCGCUGAGGAGAGGAUGCAGUCUGAGCAAAUCCGGAAGCUUCGCAGGGAACUGGAAUCAUCCCAGGAAAAGGUGGCCACCCUGACGUCUCAGCUCUCUGCCAAUGCCAAUCUAGUGGCGGCCUUUGAGCAGAGCCUGGUGAAUAUGACAUCCCGCCUACGACAUCUGGCAGAGACUGCCGAGGAAAAGGACACGGAGCUGCUGGACUUGCGAGAAACCAUCGACUUUCUGAAGAAGAAGAACUCCGAGGCCCAGGCCGUCAUCCAGGGUGCCCUGAAUGCCUCGGAAGCCACGCCCAAAGAGCUUCGGAUCAAGAGACAGAACUCCUCAGACAGCAUCUCCAGCCUCAACAGCAUCACCAGCCACUCCAGCGUCGGCAGCGGCAAGGAGGCUGAUGCAAAGAAGAAGAAGAAGAAGAGUUGGGUCUAUGAGCUGCGAAGUUCCUUCAACAAAGCCUUCAGUAUCAAAAAGGGGCCCAAGUCAGCGUCUUCCUACUCGGAUAUUGAGGAGAUUGCCACCCCCGACUCCUCCGCCCCGUCCUCCCCCAAACUACAGCACGGUUCCACAGAGACUGCCUCACCCUCCAUCAAGUCCUCGGGCACUGACACCGCCGAGGCCCCCGCUAACUCGGUUCCCCACACCAGGAUGUUCCAUGCCAACGAGGAAGAGGAGCCAGAGAAGAAGGAGGUGUCAGAGCUGCGUUCUGAGCUGUGGGAGAAAGAAAUGAAGCUUACAGACAUCCGCUUAGAAGCCCUCAACUCUGCCCACCAACUGGACCAGCUUCGAGAGACCAUGCACAACAUGCAGUUGGAGGUAGACCUGCUGAAAGCAGAAAAUGACCGGCUGAAGGUAGCCCCAGGCCCCUCGUCCGGCUCCGCUCCAGGGCAGGUCCCUGGGUCAUCUGCUUUGUCCUCCCCUCGCCGCUCCCUGGGCCUCGCGCUCACCCAUUCCUUCAGCCCAAGCCUCACAGACACAGACCUGUCCCCCAUGGAUGGGAUCAGUACCUGUGGACCAAAGGAGGAAGUGACCCUUCGGGUGGUAGUGAGGAUGCCCCCCCAGCACAUCAUCAAAGGGGACUUGAAACAACAGGAAUUCUUCCUGGGGUGUAGCAAGGUCAUUGGAAAAGUGGACUGGAAGAUGCUGGAUGAAGCGGUUUUCCAAGUGUUCCAGGACUAUGUUUCUAAGAUGGACCCGGCCUCCACCUUGGGACUGACCACGGAGUCCAUCCACGGCUAUAGCAUAAGCCACGUGAAGCGCGUGUUGGACGCCGAGCCCCCCGAGAUACCUCCCUGCCGCCGAGGUGUCAACAACAUAUCUGUCUGCCUCAAAGGUCUGAAGGAGAAAUGCGUGGACAGCCUAGUGUUUGAGACGCUGAUCCCCAAGCCGAUGAUGCAGCACUACAUCAGCCUCCUGCUCAAGCACCGGCGCCUCGUCCUCUCCGGCCCCAGCGGCACGGGCAAGACCUACCUGACCAACCGGCUGGCCGAGUACCUAGUGGAGCGCUCUGGCCGCGAGGCCACCGAGGGCAUCGUCAGCACCUUCAACAUGCACCAGCAGUCGUGUAAGGACCUGCAGCUGUAUCUCUCCAACCUGGCCAACCAGAUCGACCGGGAAACGGGAAUCGGGGACGUCCCCCUGGUGAUCCUAUUGGACGACUUGAGUGAAGCAGGCUCCAUCAGUGAGCUGGUCAAUGGAGCCCUCACCUGCAAGUAUCACAAAUGCCCUUAUAUUAUAGGAACCACCAAUCAGCCCGUCAAAAUGACACCCAACCAUGGCCUGCACUUGAGCUUCAGGAUGCUGACCUUCUCCAACAACGUGGAGCCGGCCAAUGGCUUCCUGGUGCGCUACCUGCGGAGGAAGCUGGUAGAGUCAGACAGCGACAUCAAUGCCAACAAGGAGGAGCUGCUUCGGGUGCUUGACUGGGUCCCCAAGCUCUGGUAUCAUCUCCACACCUUCCUGGAGAAGCACAGCACCUCAGACUUCCUCAUCGGCCCCUGCUUCUUUCUGUCCUGUCCCAUCGGCAUUGAGGACUUCCGGACUUGGUUCAUCGACCUGUGGAACAACUCUAUCAUUCCCUACCUCCAGGAAGGAGCCAAGGACGGAAUCAAGGUCCACGGACAGAAAGCAGCCUGGGAGGACCCCGUGGAGUGGGUCCGGGACACUCUCCCCUGGCCUUCGGCACAACAGGACCAGUCAAAGCUGUACCACCUACCCCCACCCACUGUGGGCCCCCACAGCAUGGCCUCCCCUCCGGAGGACAGGACAGUCAAAGAUAGCACCCCAAGUUCUCUGGACUCAGAUCCCCUGAUGGCCAUGCUGCUGAAACUCCAAGAAGCUGCCAACUACAUUGAAUCUCCAGAUCGGGAAACCAUCCUGGACCCCAACCUGCAGGCAACGCUCUGAGGGUCCAGCUGGCACUGCCACCCGGGACAGCAGAAUGGGCUGGCCUCAGCCACGUUGGCCCCUCCUGUUCCCCCUCCUCUCUCCACGCACUGGCUCUCCAGCCCCAGGAGGAGAGCUGGAGGGAGGAGGAGGUGUCCCAGGAGGAGCAGGUUCUUGGUGCUGCACCUUUGAGAACUUCUUCGUAAGGACUGGUGGGGUGGCGUUUGGGAACAUGCGUCCCCUAGAUAAAACUGUUGGCUUGCUCUCACGACUUUGGGGAAAUGAUGAUUCUGGGUCUUUCUGCUCGGUUUCCUGCCUCACUUACAAACUCCCAGACGUUCCAGAGAGCCGUGGAAAAGACCUAACAAACCAUGCAGCCAUUCCUCCGUGAUUGUCAUAAGCAACUGUGAGAGACAGGCCUGUGUGGAGGGGUCUGAGGGAGGCAAAAAGCUCCUCAGAUUCCCUCACAGACCCUUCCCAGUUCCGUCACCACUGCCAAUAACUCUUCCCCCAGAGGCCUGGCUGGAGCCCCAACAAAAGAAGCAUGUGGUUUAAAUAAUGUUUAAAUCAAUCUGUAAAAGGUUUAAAAAAAAAAAAAAAAGUAAAGAUGCAGCUGGAGAGAGAGGAACCA